GAUUUGGAAUUAACCGAUCGAAAACAAAGAUUGCAGAGCAACGAAGAAGAUGAUAAUUCCGGUGCGCUGUUUCACGUGCGGCAAGGUGAUCGGUAACAAAUGGGACUCUUAUCUAGAGCUUCUGCAAGCAGACUAUCCGGAAGGGGAGGCGUUGGAUUUAUUAGGGCUAGUUCGGUAUUGCUGUCGGCGGAUGCUUAUGACUCAUGUGGAUCUGAUCGAGAAGCUGUUGAACUACAACACCAUGGAUAAGUCUGAAAUCGUGUAGCUGAUGAGCGGGCUGCAAAUUGAAGCUUGGACAUGCCAAGAGAAGAACGCGUGUAAUUAUGAGUCGGUGAAGUGACGAUCGAUUCACACACUUUGCAGAAGAGUUUUGAGUUAUGGAAAGUAUCUGGUUUUUGCAUGGUCUUCUAUUCUUGUAGUCGUCUAGACGGUCAGAAAAAAAUGAAGGAUUAUUUAUUAUUUAUCG